AUGUUACCAACCAUAGUUUUGAUAACUGGUGCAAAUCGGCGCUUAGGUAAAGGACUUCUAGAACGCUUCUUAGCAUUACCGAAUCACAUAGUGAUUGCGGCAACUCGUGAUACAUCCCAUAAGAUUUCGAAAAAGCUCGCCGAUUUGCCGAAAGGCUCCGGGAGUGGUUUAAUUGUCGUCAAAAUUGAUGACUCGAUCGAACAAGAUGCAUUUGACGUCGUCCAAGAACUCCAGGACCAGCAUAACAUCCAACACAUCGAUAUCGUUAUUACAAACGUAGGCGUUUCCAGCAUGACCUUUGUUGCAAAAAUCAAAGGAUCCUAUUUCACGCCUGUGGGCUCUCCGGCCGGGGCAAUUGCACAUCAACCUCCAAUCAGGAAUGCUGCAUAUGGACCAACAAAGGCUGCUGUUAACUGGCUUACUGUUCGAAUCCAUGUUAAGAACGACUGGCUAAAUGCCGUUGUUAUGGUCCCUGGAUGGGUCGCAACCGAGCUAGGCUAUGAAGGCGCAAAAGGUCUUGAUAAGAGUAAUAUGAUUCAUAACUGA